AAAAAAGAGGCGAAGAUCGAGUAGGAACUGCAGGGGAAAUGGAAAGUCCCUGACAGGCUGGAUGAAAUGAGAUCCCCAUGUAGCAAUUGCCAUGGAAACCUGUGACUCCCCUCCUAUCUCAAGGCAGGAAAAUGGGCAGGGCACGUCGAAGCUAUGUGGAACGGCACAACUUGAUAAUGAGGUGCCAGAGAAAGUUGCAGGGAUGGAGCCUGACAGGGCAAACAGCUCCGCAGAUGACAACCUGAAAACGGAUGAGCGCAAAAGUGAAGUCUUGCUGGGUUUCAGCGUCGAGAAUGCAGCUGCCACUCAGGUUACCUCAGCCAAGGAGAUCCCGUGCAACGAAUGUGCCACCUCUUUUCCCAGUUUACAAAAAUACAUGGAACACCACUGCCCCAAUGCCCGCCUUCCCGUCCUGAAGGAUGACAACGAGAGCGAGAUCAGCGAAUUAGAGGAUAGUGACGUGGAAAAUCUCACAGGGGAGAUCGUUUACCAGCCUGAUGGGUCAGCUUAUAUAAUCGAGGACUCCAAAGAAAGUGGGCAGAAUGCGCAGAGUGGGGCAAACAGCAAACUCUUUUCUACGGCGAUGUUCCUGGACUCCCUGGCGUCUGCCGGAGAGAAGGGUGAUCAGUCUGCUUCUGCGCCUCUGUCGUUCUACCCACAGAUCAUCAACACUUUUCAUAUCGCUUCAUCCCUCGGGAAACCAUUUGCAGCCGAUCAGGCUUUCCCAAAUACCUCAGCACUAGCAGGAGUCGGUCCUGUGUUGCACAGUUUCCGUGUCUACGAUCUCCGACACAAGAGAGAGAAAGACUAUCUAACCAGUGAUGGCUCCGCCAAAAACUCCUGUGUGUCCAAAGAUGUCCCCAAUAAUGUGGACCUGUCCAAAUUCGAUGGUUGUGUUAGCGAUGGGAAAAGGAAACCUGUUUUAAUGUGUUUCUUGUGCAAGUUGUCUUUCGGUUAUAUCAGGUCAUUUGUAACCCAUGCUGUGCAUGACCAUCGGAUGACCCUUAACGAGGAGGAGCAGAAACUCCUUAGUAACAAAUGCGUCUCGGCCAUAAUACAGGGGAUUGGCAAAGACAAAGAACCUCUUAUAAGCUUUCUGGAACCAAAAAAAUCCACUUCUGUUUAUCCCCAUUUUUCUACUACAAACCUCAUAGGACCCGACCCAACCUUCCGCGGUUUAUGGAGCGCUUUUCAUGUUGAAAAUGGUGACUCUUUGCCGGCUGGCUUUGCCUUCUUGAAGGGGAGCCCGAGUACCCCUGGCUCCGCCGAGCAGCCGCUGGGGAUCACCCAAAUGCCAAAGGCUGAAGUGACUCUGGGGGGGCUGUCUAGUUUAGUAGUGAACACCCCAAUUACCUCUGUCUCCCUCAGCCACUCAUCAUCUGAGUCUAGCAAGAUGUCAGAGAGCAAAGACCAAGAGAACAACUGUGAAAGGCCAAAAGAGAGCAACGCUUUACACCCCAACGGGGAGUGCCCAGUCAAGAGCGAACCCACCGAGGCAGGAGAUGAGGAUGAAGAGGAUGCAUAUUCCAAUGAACCUGACGACGAGGAAGUAUUAGGGGAACUCACCGAUAGUAUCGGUAACAAAGAUUUCCCUCUCUUAAACCAAAGCAUUUCUCCUUUAUCAUCCAGUGUGCUAAAAUUCAUUGAAAAGGGCCCCUCGUCCUCCUCGGCCACUGUUUCUGAUGACCCAGAAAAGAAAAAACAGGCUGCCGCCGUCAGGGCUGGUGGGGGUGUGUCGGGCAGCUACGGAAUCAGUGGCAAGGACUUGGCAGAAGCCAGCGCCAGUAAAGAGGGUGCCACGGCCACUCACCUGAGCGAGACGACCCGGGGGGAUGAAGACAGCUCGGCUGCACCUCACCAGCACGGCUUCACCCCGAGUGCCCCGGGUACCCCUGGGCCCGGGGGAGAUGGCUCACCAGGCAGUGGCAUCGAGUGUCCCAAGUGCGACACGGUUUUGGGGUCCUCGCGGUCUCUUGGGGGUCACAUGACAAUGAUGCACUCAAGGAACUCAUGCAAAACCCUCAAGUGUCCGAAAUGUAACUGGCACUACAAGUAUCAACAGACCCUGGAGGCCCACAUGAAGGAGAAACACCCCGAGCCGGGAGGCUCCUGUGUUUAUUGUAAGACUGGACAGCCUCACCCCAGGCUCGCCCGGGGCGAGAGCUACACAUGUGGCUAUAAACCCUUCCGUUGUGAGGUUUGUAACUACUCUACCACUACCAAAGGCAACCUCAGUAUUCAUAUGCAGUCGGACAAGCACCUGAACAACGUGCAGAAUCUCCAAAACGGCACCGGGGAGCAGGUGUUUGGCCACUCGGCCCCAGCCCCCAACAGCAGCCUUGGUGGCUGCGGGACCCCCUCUCCAUCCAAACCUAAGCAGAAACCCACCUGGCGCUGCGAGGUGUGUGAUUACGAGACCAACGUGGCGCGGAACCUGCGGAUUCACAUGACCAGUGAGAAGCACAUGCAUAACAUGAUGCUUCUGCAGCAGAACAUGAAGCAGAUCCAGCACAACCUGCACCUGGGCCUCGCCCCUGCCGAGGCCGAGCUCUAUCAGUACUACCUGGCCCAGAACAUAGGCCUGACGGGGAUGAAGUUGGAGAACCCUGGCGACCCACAGCUGAUGCUCAAUCCAUUCCAGCUGGACCCUGCCACGGCGGCCGCUCUGGCCCCGGGACUUGUAAAUAAUGAGCUGCCGCCUGAAAUCCGGCUUGCCAGUGGUCAGCUAAUAGGUGAUGACCUGUCCCUCCUUACUGCAGGAGAGCUGUCACCUUAUAUCAGUGACCCAGCGCUGAAGCUAUUCCAGUGUGCUGUUUGCAACAAAUUCACCUCUGACAGCCUGGAGGCCCUAAGCGUGCAUGUGAGCAGCGAGCGCUCUCUCCCUGAAGAGGAAUGGAGGGCUGUAAUUGGAGAUAUCUACCAGUGCAAGCUCUGUAACUACAACACUCAGCUCAAAGCCAACUUCCAGCUUCACUGCAAGACUGAUAAACAUAUGCAGAAAUAUCAACUGGUGGCUCACAUUAAGGAAGGGGGCAAAAGUAAUGAAUGGAGGCUGAAGUGCAUUGCCAUUGGCAACCCCGUUCACCUCAAGUGCAACGCCUGUGACUACUACACCAACAGCGUGGACAAAUUACGCUUGCACACCACCAAUCACAGGCACGAGGCGGCCCUGAAGCUCUACAAGCACUUGCAGAAGCAAGAGGGGACGGUAAAUCCUGAAGCCUGCUGUUACUACUGUGCCGUGUGCGAUUACUCCACCAAGGUCAAGUUGAACCUGGUGCAGCACGUCCGAUCGGUGAAGCACCAGCAGACCGAGGGCCUGCGGAAACUCCAGCUCCACCAGCAAGGCCUGGCCCCGGAGGAAGACAACCUCAGUGAGAUCUUUUUUGUAAAAGACUGCCCACCAAAUGAGCUUGAAACUGCCUCUUUGGGAGCCAGGACCUGUGAGGAUGAUCUUACAGAGCAGCAGCUGAGAGCAACCUCAGAAGAACAGAGUGAGGAGACAGAAGGAGCCGUUAAACCUAUAGCUGGGGCUGAGGAGGACGAGAAAGACACAAGCGAGAGAGACAAUAGUGAAGGCAAAAACUCUAAUAAAGACUCUGGAGUGAUCACACCAGAAAAGGAGCUAAAAGUCAGUGUGGCAGGGGGAACCCAGCCACUCCUGCUGGCAAAAGAAGAGGAUGUGUCCACAAAAAGAUCAAAGCCUACAGAGGACAAUAAGUUCUGUCACGAACAGUUCUAUCAGUGUCCUUAUUGUAACUACAAUAGUAGGGACCAAAGUCGUAUCCAGAUGCACGUCUUGUCACAACACUCAGUGCAGCCGGUCAUCUGCUGUCCCCUCUGCCAGGACGUCCUUAGCAACAAGAUGCACCUCCAGCUUCAUCUGACGCAUCUGCACAGCGUGUCUCCGGAUUGCGUGGAGAAGCUGCUUAUGACAGUGCCUGUCCCUGAUGUUAUGAUGCCCAACAGCUUGUUACUGCCAGCAGCCGCCUCUGAGAAGUCAGAGAGGGACACAUCUGCAGUCAUCACAGCUGAGGGGGCUGGGAAAUAUUCAGGUGACAGUCCGAUGGAUGACAAAAGUAUGGCGGGUCUCGAUGAUUCAAAGGCUAGCGUGGAAAUAAAGAGUGAGGAGCAGAAACCAACUAAAGAAGCCACAGAAGUGUCGGAGUGGAAUAAAAAUAGCAGUAAGGAUUUGAAAAUCUCCGACACACUGCAAGAUCAGUUAAGUGAACAGCAGAAAAGGCAACCGCUCUCGGUCUCAGACCGCCACGUUUACAAGUAUCGCUGUAACCACUGUAGCUUGGCUUUUAAGACUAUGCAGAAGCUUCAGAUACAUUCCCAGUAUCAUGCGAUUCGGGCCGCCACUAUGUGUAACCUCUGCCAGCGGAGUUUCCGUACAUUCCAGGCUUUAAAAAAACACUUGGAAGCAGGCCACCCCGAACUGAGUGAAGCCGAACUUCAACAGCUGUAUGCCUCCUUGCCCGUGAAUGGGGAACUGUGGGCAGAGAGUGAACCUAUGGCCCAGGAGGACCAUGCCCUCGAGCAGGAGAUGGAGAGAGAGUACGAGGUGGACCAUGAAGGGAAGGCAAGUCCUGUAGGCAGUGACAGUAGUUCUAUUCCAGAUGACAUGGGCUCUGAACCAAAGCGGACCUUACCUUUUAGAAAAGGGCCAAAUUUUACAAUGGAAAAAUUCCUCGAUCCAUCUCGCCCAUAUAAGUGUACCGUGUGUAAAGAGUCGUUCACCCAGAAGAACAUUCUCCUGGUCCAUUAUAACUCAGUGUCUCACCUGCACAAGUUGAAAAAGGUUUUGCAGGAAGCCUCCAGUCCUGUCCCUCAAGAAACCAACAACAGCCCAGAUAACAAACCCUACAAGUGCAGCAUCUGCAACGUUGCGUACAGCCAAAGCUCAACCUUGGAAAUCCACAUGAGGUCUGUGCUCCAUCAGACAAAGGCGAGGGCGGCGAAGCUGGAGCCCGGCGGUGGCCAUGCACCCGGUGGGCACGGAGUGGCAGCCAGCGUUAACAGUCCCAGCCAAGGGAUGUUAGAUUCCAUUAGUUUAGCAGCAGUAGGCAGCAAAGAUACCCACUUAGAUGCCAAAGAAUUAAAUAAAAAGCAAACUCCAGAAUUGAUCUCUGCUCAACCUACGCAUCACCCACCGCAGUCACCAGCACAGAUUCAGAUGCAGCUGCAGCACGAAUUGCAACAGCAGGCGGCCUUCUUUCAGCCUCAGUUUCUCAACCCCGCGUUUUUGCCCCAUUUUCCUAUGACCCCAGAAGCGCUGCUGCAGUUUCAGCAGCCUCAGUUUCUCUUUCCCUUCUACAUCCCCGGGACGGAGUUCAGUUUGGGGCCGGAUCUAGGCUUGCCAGGCUCUGCAGCCUUUGGCAUGCCGGGCAUGACGGGAAUGGCCGGGUCCCUGCUUGAAGAUUUGAAGCAGCAAAUUCAAAGCCAACAUCACGUUGGCCAAACUCAACUCCAGAUUCUCCAGCAGCAAGCACAACAGUAUCAGGCCACACAGCCCCACCUGCCACCUCAAAAGCCUCAGCCGCAGCCGCAGCCGCAGCAGCAGCAGGCCAGCAAGUUAUUGAAGCAAGAGCAAACCCCCGUGGCCAGUGCUGACUGCCCCAUCGUGAAGGAUGUGCCCUCUUACAAGGAGGCAGAAGAGAUGGCCGAGAAGCAAGACAAGCCAAAGCAAGAAUGUGUAAGUGAAGGCGAAGGGCUCAAAGAAAGCAAAGACCUCGGAAAGAAGCCGAAGUCCUCGGAACCAUCUAUCCCGCCGCCCCGCAUCGCUUCAGGGGCCCGAGGAAACGCAGCCAAAGCCUUACUGGAAAACUUCGGUUUUGAACUGGUCAUUCAGUACAACGAGAACAGGCAGAAGGUACAGAAGAAGGGCAAGAGUGGGGAAGGCGAAAGCACGGAGAAGUUGGAAUGCGGGACGUGUGGGAAGUUGUUCUCCAACGUUCUCAUUCUAAAGAGUCACCAGGAGCAUGUCCACGGCCAGUUUUUUCCGUACGGAGCGCUAGAAAAAUUUGCCCGUCAGUACAGGGAGGCCUAUGACAAGCUUUAUCCCAUUUCUCCAUCUUCUCCGGAAACACCGCCUCCCCCACCUCCGCCGCCUCCCUUGCCUCCGGCUCCUCCGCAGCCUCCUUCCCUGGGGCCGGUGAAACUGCCGAAAGAUGAUGAAAUCGAACAACUUUCCACCGUUCUCAAUCUCCCCACCCGGGUUAUCGUUGUCUGGUUCCAGAAUGCUCGGCAGAAGGCGCGGAAGAGUUAUGAGAAUCAAACAGAGACAAAAGACAACGAAAAAAGAGAACUCACAAAUGAACGGUACAUCCGAACGAGCAACAUGCAAUACCAGUGUAAAAAGUGCAGUGUGGUUUUCCCCAGGAUCUUCGACUUGAUCACGCAUCAGAAAAAGCAGUGUUACAAGGAUGAAGACGAUGACGCCCAAGAUGAGAGCCAAACCGAAGACUCCAUGGACGCCACGGAUCAGGUGGUGUAUAAGCAUUGCACAGUGCCUGGCCAGACCGAAGCAGCCAAAACCAAUCCUGCCCCUGCGGGGGGCUCUGCUUCUGGGACCAGCACCCCCCUGAUCCCGUCACCCAAACCAGAACCAGAAAAGACAUCUCCAAAGCCCGAGUAUCCUACAGAAAAGCCAAAGUCGGGUGACCCCUCGCCCCACCCUCCAGGCACCAAACCAGCCCUGCAGACAGCAUCUUCUUCCUCGGACCCGCCACCGCCACCGCCGGCCUCAGCCACUCAGCCCCUGCCACCCAAACCGCCCCAACUCCUGGGACGACCUCCCUCGGCUUCUCAGACCCCCGUCCCUUCCAGUCCGCUGCAGAUUUCCAUGACUUCUCUCCAGAACAGUCUACCUCCACAGUUACUGCAGUACCAAUGUGAUCAGUGUACAGUUGCCUUCCCUACCUUGGAACUCUGGCAGGAGCAUCAGCACAUGCACUUCCUGGCUGCUCAGAACCAAUUCCUUCACUCCCCCUUCCUGGAACGGCCCAUGGACAUGCCCUACAUGAUAUUUGACCCCAACAAUUCCCUGAUGACCGGACAGCUGCUCGGUGGUCCUCUCACACAGAUGCCCCCGCAGACGGCUUCCUCCCAUCCCACAGCCCCGGCCACCGUGGCCACUUCCCUUAAGAGGAAACUGGAUGAGAAGGAAGAGAACAACUGCAGUGAGAAGGAAGGUGGGAACAGUGGGGAGGACCAACACCGUGAUAAGCGCUUGAGGACCACCAUCACUCCAGAACAACUGGAAAUUCUCUAUGAAAAAUACCUACUGGAUUCCAACCCCACCCGGAAAAUGCUCGAUCACAUCGCACGGGAAGUGGGGCUGAAGAAAAGGGUCGUGCAGGUCUGGUUCCAGAAUACAAGAGCGCGAGAAAGAAAAGGCCAGUUCCGGGCGGUGGGUCCAGCACAAUCGCAUAAACGCUGUCCUUUCUGCCGAGCCCUGUUCAAGGCCAAGUCAGCUUUAGAAAGCCACAUUCGCUCCCGGCACUGGAAUGAAGGCAAGCAGGCAGGUUACAGCUUGCCACCAAGCCCUUUAAUAUCCGCCGAAGAUGGCGGAGAUAGCCCACAGAAAUACAUUUAUUUUGAUUAUCCAUCUUUGCCAUUAACGAAAAUCGAUCUCUCGAGUGAGAAUGAGUUGGCUUCUACAGUGUCGACACCUGUUAGCAAGACGGCAGAACUGUCGCCGAAGAAUCUCUUAAGCCCUUCUUCCUUCAAAGCAGAAUGUUCUGAGGAUGUAGAGAAUUUAAACGCCCCUCCUGCUGAGGCUGGGUAUGAUCAAAAUAAAACUGAUUUUGACGAGACUUCGUCCAUUAAUACAGCGAUCAGUGACGCCACCACCGGAGACGAGGGGAACGCAGAAAUGGAAAGCACCACGGGGAGUUCCGGAGAGGUGAAGCCAGCUUUGUCUCCUAAAGAGGGCAAAACUCUCGACGCUUUGCCGAAAACAGCGACCACCCCCACCACGGAGGUCUGUGAUGAGAAGUUUCUCUUCUCUCUCACGAGUCCUUCGAUCCCUUUCAGUGAUAAAGAUGGUGACCAUGACCAAAGCUUUUAUAUCACGGAUGACCCCGAUGACAAUGCCGACCGCAGUGAAACGUCUAGCAUAGCUGACCCCAGUUCGCCAAAUCCAUUCGGCUCCAGCAAUCCUUUCAAAUCCAAAAGCAACGACCGACCAGGUCACAAGCGUUUCAGAACCCAGAUGAGCAAUCUCCAACUCAAGGUUCUCAAGGCUUGCUUCAGUGACUACCGAACUCCAACCAUGCAAGAAUGUGAGAUGCUAGGGAAUGAGAUUGGUCUGCCCAAACGUGUGGUCCAGGUGUGGUUCCAGAAUGCAAGAGCAAAGGAAAAGAAAUUUAAAAUUAACAUAGGGAAGCCUUUCAUGAUCAAUCAAAGUGGAACGGAAGGCGCCAAACCAGAGUGUACCCUUUGUGGGGUGAAAUACUCUGCCCGCUUGUCCAUCAGAGAUCAUAUUUUCUCCAAACAGCACAUUUCCAAAGUGAGGGAGACCGUUGGGAGUCAGCUUGAUCGGGAGAAAGAUUACUUGGCUCCCACGACCGUUAGACAGCUGAUGGCUCAGCAAGAACUUGACCGUAUAAAGAAAGCUUCAGACGUGCUGGGCUUAGCAGUGCAGCAGCCAAGCAUGAUGGACAGCAGCUCCCUCCACGGCAUCAGUCUGCCCGCAGCCUACCCAGGACUCCCGGGCCUCCCCCCAGUCCUUCUCCCUGGAAUGAACGGUCCAUCCUCCUUGCCCGGAUUUCCACAGAAUUCAAACACGUUGACGCCGCCGGGUGCAGGCAUGCUUGGGUUUCCUCCUUCAGCUACUUCGUCUCCUGCCCUGUCUCUCAGCAGCGCCCCCGCCAAGUCUCUGCUGCAGACUCCAGCGCCUCCGCCGCCCCCUCCGCCGCCGCCGCCGCCGCCACCCUCUCUGUCCGGACAGCAGACCGAGCCGCAGAACAAAGACUCUGAGAAAAAGCCGACGAAGCCAAACAAGGUCAAAAAAAUCAAAGAGGAGGACCUCGAGGCCACAAAACCAGAAAAACACCCCAAAAAAGAGGAAAAAAUCUCGUCUGCUCUUUCAGUGUUGGGCAAAGUCGUGGGCGACACGCCUGUGGACCCUUCUCAGCUGCAGGCUUUACAGAACGCCAUCGCCGGCGACCCCGCGUCCUUCCUGGGCGGACAGUUCUUGCCGUAUUUCAUCCCUGGCUUUGCUUCCUAUUUCACCCCCCAGCUUCCCGGCGCGGUGCAAGGAGGCUACCUGCCGCCCGUUUGCGGCAUGGAGAGCCUCUUUCCCUACGGCCCCGCCAUGCCGCAGACCCUGGCGGGGCUGUCCCCGGGGACCCUGCUGCAGCAGUACCAACAGUACCAGCAGAACCUGCAGGAGUCCCUGCAGAAGCAUCAGAAGCAGCAGCAGGAGCAGAAAGCCCUGCAGGCGAAGACCUCCAAAGCGGAGAGCGAGCAGCUGCCGCCCACCCCCAGCGACGCUCCGGAAACCAAGGGAGACCAGAGUCCCGCUACAGAAAGCACAAAAGAAGAACCCCAGUUAGAGUCCAAAAGUGCAGACUUUUCAGACACUUACGUGGUUCCAUUCGUCAAGUAUGAGUUUAUAUGCAGAAAGUGCCAGAUGAUGUUUACUGAUGAAGACGCCGCAGUAAACCAUCAAAAGUCCUUCUGUUAUUUCGGUCAGCCUUUGAUUGACCCACAAGAGACAGUGCUUCGCGUCCCGGUCAGCAGAUAUCAGUGUCUCGCCUGUGAUGUGGCCAUCGGUGGGAAUGAAGCACUUAGCCAACACCUCCAGUCAAGCUUGCACAAAGAGAAAACAAUCAAACAAGCAAUGAGAAAUGCCAAAGAGCAUGUUAGAUUAUUACCUCACUCAGUCUGCUCCCCUAACCCUAACACCACAUCUACCUCGCAGUCUGCAGCUUCUAAUAACACCUAUCCUCAUCUCUCUUGCUUCUCCAUGAAGUCCUGGCCUAAUAUCCUU